AUGUUACAUACUAGUUUUCUGAUGAUCGAUCAGAUUACCGAGCGCUUCGAGCGCAAUUCGACUCUAGAUGCAUCCGAAGAUAUUUUUGAGAGGAUUUUUCAUAUAUGUGAGGACCGUAUUCAGCUUAUUUAUCACACUGGAGAGGAUCAGAUCGCUCCUUGCACUCGAGAGUUCAUCAAGCCGGUGCAGUCUGACGACCGACGAACUACCUUUCAGCUUCAUGCGGAUACACACACAUCAUUUCAAGUAAAUCCUUAUGCAUUUUCCCUCAACAUUUGUCGCGAUUUAUGA